ACAUAAUCACAAACUGCUCUGCCCAAACGAUAAAUAAGAGGAGAAAAACGGCUAUCAAGUAACGAUUGCCAUUUCUCAAUGCAAUUUUCGGGGAAUAACAACGAGUUCGGUGACGAAAGGUUUAUGAUCUGCAAAACAAGUUUGAGGCUCGGCGAAAAGGAUGGUUCAGGUCGAGCGCUUUGAACGUUAUGCUUUACGCGCAACUUGUGCAGUCAAAGGAAAGACGCUUUAAAAAUUAAAAACGUCUAUCUUCUGUUGACAGGUGGGAAACUAUUCGUGUGUCAAAUGUUAACUGACAUUAACCUUUAUGGCCAUCGCUUUCUGGUUUGUCACUCUCUUCUGUGAUUUACAAUGAUGUCACUUAAAGCCGUCGGGAAAAUUGAUCUCAGAUUUGUGAAAGGCUUUACGGCUGAAUAAGGCGAUUGCAAAUAAAGAGGGAGCGCCUCCUCCUUUCCUGGGCGGGUGAGCCUCAGUCACCAAUAAUAGCUGUAGUCAAGUGAAAAAAAAGGGAAAAAAAGUUUCUCUGUUGACUGAUGGAAGUGAAUUGAGCAAUUAUCUAGUUUACCUUCUCCUCUUGGAAGGUAACGAUUGGCGAGAUCUUUGCUGCGUUAUUGACACAACACGUUUUAUUGAGCAGUCCUGCUAGAAAUAAGUGUUGAUUGUCCGGAGUCAACGCAACGCUAAGUGAACUGUGAUGCGCUGGCAUCGGCCCAGGCUUCCCCGCAGAUGAUGUCCUUUCUUGCAGGUCACUGAAAAAGAGAAGCGGAGUCCUAAAAACCCCAAGCAGAGACACGCCAGCCUAUAGAAGCGGAAUUUAAGAAAUGGACAGUGCCCUCUACAAUACGGAAUCGACUAUCUUUGAGACAUCGACGUUGAGGGACAGCUUGGCAGCAGCAGAUGACAAUAUGAUCAGCACUUCCAAACCGCUCGCCUUCUCGAUCGAAAGGAUAAUGGCGAGGACCCCGGAACCAAAGUCCAUUCCUCUUCCGAAUUUAUUUCAAGCGACCGUCAACAAGGCCGACGCCAAGCAUGCUGUGCACGUCAGCUCCGCGGCGCUUCCUUGCGUGCUACCCUUCGUGCCCCUGGCAUACGACGCCGGUCACAAACUCAACCUGUCCGUGUCGGAACCGAGGAAAAUCCAUUUAGACAACGCACCUCACCACGCCAGCGACUUGCUAAGCAUCGGCUUCAACUACAAAGGUGAAGUAGCUAACGGGAGCCCUCAGAUUGGGCAAUAUAAGCUUUUCCGACCGCGGGUAGUCAACCAGGCUUCAUUUCACGCCAUGGGAACUUUGUGCUACCUGAACUGCGGAGACAACCCCUGCUCGCCUCCGGCAAGUAUUCUCAACCUUCACCCGAUGGCUUCGUACCUCCUGAACUCGCCGCUCAACCCGCACCAGAAGGCUUUUUUAUCGGAAAAAAACAAACUGCUCGUUCCCUCGGUGGAACGCUAUCAGUCUGGACUUUCCUUCAAAGACAUGUCCCAGUCUCAGCUGCAACACUACAUGAAGGAGAGCGCGCAGAUACUCUCGGAAAAUUUGUUUAAGAACUCCUCGAAACUUAGCAGCAGCUCGCCCAACAGCAAGCCCAAAGUUUUCACCUGCGAAGUUUGCGGCAAGGUAUUCAACGCGCAUUACAAUUUAACCCGUCAUAUGCCAGUGCACACAGGAGCCAGACCGUUCGUUUGCAAAGUGUGCGGGAAAGGCUUCCGGCAGGCCAGCACACUGUGCCGUCAUAAGAUCAUACAUACGCAGGAAAAACCACAUAAGUGUAGCCAGUGUGGAAAAGCGUUCAACCGGAGCUCGACGCUAAAUACACACACACGAAUCCACGCUGGAUACAAGCCCUUUGUGUGUGAAUUCUGCGGGAAAGGCUUUCACCAAAAAGGCAACUACAAAAACCACAAGCUGACCCACAGUGGAGAAAAGCAGUUCAAGUGCAAUAUCUGUAACAAGGCUUUCCAUCAGAUCUACAACCUGACCUUCCAUAUGCACACCCACAACGACAAGAAGCCGUUCACCUGUCCCACUUGCGGCAAAGGCUUCUGCAGGAACUUUGAUUUAAAGAAACACGUUCGGAAACUUCAUGAUGGCUCUCCACUGGCACAACCCGUGCCAACGGACUCUUCCAAGGGAAAUCUGCAUUAGAUCCACAUCCGUUCGCCAGGACCCUGAUGGCCCGUUUCUCCUGCAUGCAACUUUUUGUGCAGUUACGCUGUAUAGUGGACUAUAGACUCCUAACCCGAACACGUAAGAACCCCUUUUUGUGAAAGAGCGAAUCCUUCUUUCCAUCUCAGGGUAAAGGAUGUGAGAAGCCGUGUUGUAUUUAUUCCAAACUCUUUGUAUCUUUACGGAAUGCUGCGACAUUUAGGAAUAAUAUAAUGUAAAAUUAUAUUCACCGUUGUGCUGACUUUGUUAUGUUCAAAUGCCUGACUAUUAAUUAUUAUUAUGAUUAUUAA